CGUAUAUUUUCUAAGACGGAGAUAUGUUUUUACAAUAAAUAUAUUAACUACUCUCAGGCCGAGUACUUUUAUGAUUUUUUUUUAACUGUAUGACUUUAUUAUUCCCGCGUAUGGAUUUCAAAGCAAAUGCAAACACGUGUUUAUGCUGUCAGUAGAGACUGGUGAAUUAAAUUGAUGUCUACGGUUUUGUUAGGGACAGUUCUACAAUCGAAUUAGACUGUCACACCUCACGCAUAUAAAAAUAAAGUGAGAAUGUAAACGUCAAGCUUUAAGCACAUGUAUCGAGCUGGGAUUAGUGUUUCCCGCUCGUGUGCGCCCAAACGGCGGCUAACGCCUCCUCCUCCGUCCCCCAUCGGUCCCCAUCAGUCCCAGCCCAACCCUCCACAGCCACGGCACUCACACUCCAGCAGCACAUUACCCUACACCUGCAUAAUCAGCCUCAUCUGCCUCGCUCGAGUCCCGCUGGUAACUUUAAGGAGAGAUUCAAGGUCGUUUUGUUGUUCAAUGACUUAGUUCGCAGCUCAUCUGCUUCAUGACAAAGCUGUAGGGUCAGCUGCAGGUCAAGGAAACUGAUUUGGGGAUCCAGAGAACAUCGCCAGGUUGUUACAAGCCAGGAAUAUAACUUGUUUGUGUGAUCUGCCCUGCGCUGGAUCGUCCAACAUCCAGGAUGUCCCAGUCGUCCACCGCUGAUGAGGGGACGACCUUUGAACACUUGUGGAGUACCCUCGAGCCAGACAGCACAUAUUUUGAGCUUCCUCAGGCGGGACACUCAGGGGACAGGGUGGCCUCCAGCAGCAACCGCGCUGAAGUCUGCAUGGACCUCUACCACAUGAGAGACAUGAGAGACAUGAACGACAAUGUCAUGUCUCAGUACAGCCUACUGAGCAGCAGUAUGGAACAAGGUUUGGGGAACAGAGCAGCGUCUAGCAGUCCCUACAGCUCAGAGACCGCCUCCAACGUGCCAACGCCGUCACCCUACUCCCAGCCGAACUCGACCUUCGAGGCUAUGUCUCCAGCGCCGGCCAUCCCCUCCAACACUGACUACCCCGGGCCGCACAACUUCGAGGUCACCUUCCAGCAGUCGAGCACGGCCAAGUCAGCCACCUGGACGUACUCUCCGUUGCUCAAGAAGCUGUACUGUCAGAUCGCCAAGACCUGUCCGAUUCAGAUCAAGCUGGCUUCCUCGCCCCCAAACGGCAGCGUGAUACGAGCCAUGCCCAUCUACAAGAAAGCCGAACACGUCACAGAGGUGGUCAAACGCUGUCCCAACCAUGAACUCGGACGGGACUUCAAUGAAAGUCAGACAGCUCCUGCCAGUCACUUGAUUCGGGUGGAGGGCAAUAAUCUGUGUCAGUAUGUGGAUGAUCCUGCGACGGGCCGACAGAGUGCUCUCGUCCCGUAUGAGGCUCCACAGGUGGGGACUGAGUUCACAACCAUUCUGUAUAAUUUCAUGUGCAACAGCAGUUGUGUCGGGGGAAUGAACCGCAGGCCCAUCCUCAUCAUCAUCACGCUGGAGACACGAGACGGACAGGUUCUCGGCAGGCGUUCGUUUGAGGGCCGGAUUUGUGCCUGUCCCGGUCGAGACCGCAAAGCAGACGAGGAUCAUUUCAGGGAGCAACAGGCUCUAAAUGAGAGCGUGGCCAAAAAUGGAAAUGCCAAUAAACGAAAUUUCAAACAGACUCCGGCCAACAUUGCAGGCCCUUCCGUCAACAUCAAGAAGAGGCGGCAUGGAGAAGAGGAGAUGUAUUAUAUUCCAGUGCGAGGCCGGGAAAACUUUGACAUCCUGAUGAAGAUAAAGGACAGUCUGGAGCUUGUGGAGUUUGUACCACAACAGUUAGUGGAUUCAUACAGACAACAACAACAACAGCUCCUACAGAGACAGAGUCACGUUGCCUCUCCGUGUUCAUAUGGCACUCUCAAUAACAUGAAUAAGAUCCAGGGGCCCAUCAGCAAGCUCCCCUCAGUGAAUCAGCUGGUGACACAGCAGACCCAGCAGAGCGCAGGACCCUCUGCGUCCAUGACACACAUGGGGACGAACAUGCUGGGUGGACACCACAUGCAGUCGAACGGCGAUGUGAACGGAGCUCAUGCGUCUCAGUCUAUAGUGUCCACCUCUCACUGUACCCCUCCCCCUCCUUACAACCCCGACCCCAGCCUCGUCAGUUUCUUAACCAGCCUGGGCUGCCAAAACUGCAUCGACUACUUCACAUCACAGGGACUCCAGAGUGUCUACCACCUCCAGACUCUUUCCAUGGAGGACCUUGGGGCAUUGAAGAUCCCUGAGCAGUUCCGGAUGGCGAUCUGGAGGGGCCUGCAGGACAUGAGACAGGGCCACGAUUACGGCCAGCAGCUCAUCCGCUCCAGCAGUAACAUGGCCAGCAUGGCCAUCGGCGCCGGAGGAGAGCUGCAGCGGCAACGCGUCAUGGAGGCUGUGCACUUCAGAGUGCGGCACACCAUCACCAUCCCCAACCGCAGCGCUCCCGCGGGAGCGGAGGAGUGGGCUGACUUCGGCUUUGACAUGCCAGACUGCAGGAUACACAAGCACUCCAUUAAAGAGGAGUUCGCAGAGAGUGACGCUCGCUGAGAAAGACCCAUCACUUUCCAUGCAUCGUCCGUACUGCUUUCUUUACUGCGAUGGACAGUUUGCAUUUCCAUAUAGUAGCACUUCCAUAUUUGGCAACAAGGGAUUUGAGGAAUAAAAAAACGAUUCGCUUUGAUGAAGACCAGGAUUCAAAUAGAUAAUUUUAUUUGAUUAUCAUUUGUGGCGUUAUGCUUAAAUCACAUCACACUAAAAAUUAUCCAGUCGAUAAAACAAAUGAUAUUAUUAGGAUGCAGUUAUGAACAGUUAAAAGCAGUGUAUGAUUUCUGAACAUUAUCUUAUUUAUUUCGGCUUGGUGUAAAUAAUAAUUGUGCAAUCAUGUAUUGAAUUACGUGUGAAGUGAUGCCCGUAGAUCAAAUGGAUGCUUGACCCAUAAAAAAUCAUACUUUAUAUUUACUUAUUUUGAAAAGCGCAGGUUCAUCAAAGCCAGACGUGUACAACUACGCAUUCUGUAUUUGAAUAAUUUUUCGCAUUAUAAGUUUCACUUAUAAUUAGUUAAUUUUUCGUCAAAGUUUUACAAUAACACUGAUGAAAACAACACCAUAAAAGUGAAUUAAAUUUUUUUAAUUAUUAGCAUU